CAGGCGAGGUGUGACGUCACGAGCCUGAGCCUGACAGUUUGUGAUGAUGGUGGAGACAAAGAGGAGGGACGGGGCCGUUUUAGUCUUUCUUUAGUGUAAAUACCGGACUAUAUGUUCCAGCCUAAGGGAUUUACGAGUGCCUAUAAACAUGGGACUAUGGGGCGGCGCGAUCCUGUACCUGCUGCUGCUAAUAUGGCCGGGAAGCGAAGGGUCGGCGCUGAGCGAGUAUGUGAGCCAGUUUGAGGUCCUGCGGUAUGACUCCGACCUCGUCCACCGCCACCAUGAGAGGGUCAAGCGAUCCCUCGACAGCGGCAACAAGGAGGAGCUGACCAUAUCGUUUGCCUCCCACGGGCGGCUGUUUCGUCUGCGGCUGAGGCACGACACCUCCACCGUCAGCCCCAACGUCAAGCUUGAGGUGCCGCCCAGCCUGGAGCGCCUAGACUUCAAGCACAUCUACGAGGGAACGAUAGAAGGUGACCCUGGCUCGCAGGUGUGGGGCAGCGUGCGCGAUGGGGUGUUCGAGGGAGUCGUGCACAGCGAGCGCGAUGGCACCUACUACGUGGAGCGCGCCCACAAGUACUUCCCGGGCCACAACGCCACUCUCAAGGGCUUCCACUCGGUCAUCUACCACGACCGGCAUGUGGGCGAUCCCUACAAGAGGGUUCGGCAGGGCCACACCUCCGGCUGCGGCGUGACCGAGGACAUAGCGGCAUGGAUGGACGCGAUACAGAACUCCGCCGACCCUGAGGAGGAGCGCCGGGAGGAGGAGCAGAGGGAGGAGGAGGAGGCCAGGCGGAGUGGCACCAUUAAUCAGCACAAGUACAAAAAAUGGUUGGAGCAGCACGAGGAAUACCAGGCGGAGGACGACGAGGAGGAGCUUGACGAGGGGGUGUACGACGCCCCCUCGGAGGACUACCACCACCACCACCACACCCACGGGAAGUACAGCGAGGAGGCCAACAGUGCCUGGCCCCAUCGUCGCCGCAAGAGGGCCAUCGGCAUUGGGGAUGGCGCUGACAACAAAGGCACUUGCUCCCUCUCGAUCCAGACUGACCCCAUGUUGUGGCACCAUAUAUAUAAACAGGAGGGAGAGAAUGCGGAGAAGACCAGGGACGAGAUAACGGCCAUGAUCUCCCAGCACAUCAAAGCCCUGAACCACAUCUACGCCAAAGUCAUGUUCAACGGAAAGUACAAACACAGGAACAUAAGAUUCGAAGUCCAGAGAAUCAAGAUUGAUGACCUAACGCCCUGCCAGUCAUCCCAGGGUGAGACCAACAAGUUCUGCAAACCCAAUGUGGAUGUCAGCAACUUCCUCAACCUCCACUCGCAGAAGAAGCACGACGACUUCUGCCUCGCCUACGUCUUCACCUUCAGAGACUUCACGGGCGGGACGCUGGGCCUUGCAUGGGUCGCUUCGCCCUCUGGGGCGUCGGGCGGCAUCUGCGAGAAGUACAAGACCUACACGGAGAACCUCGGGGGCUUCAGACACUCGGAGAAGCGCUCACUCAACACCGGCAUCAUCACGUUUCUGAAUUACAACUCCCGGGUGCCGCCUAAGGUCUCCCAGCUCACACUUGCACACGAGAUUGGUCACAACUUUGGCUCGCCGCACGACUUCCCAGACACGUGUAAGCCGGGGGGACUCCAGGGGAACUACAUCAUGUUCUCCUCGGCCACCAGCGGCGACCGGCUCAACAAUGAUAAGUUCUCGCCGUGCUCCAUCCGCAACAUCUCGCUGGUGCUUGAUGCCAUCUCGGAGAAGCGGCGGACCAACUGCUUCACGGAGAACAACGGCGCCUUCUGUGGGAACAAGAUUGUGGAGGAGGGCGAGGAGUGUGACUGUGGCUACGACAUUGAUGAGUGCAAGGACGAGUGUUGCUACCCGCUCAAGAUCCCCAACAGCCUGCGCCUAGCCAACGCCUCGGCCAAGGAGUGCACGCGGCGAGGGAAUGCUGUGUGCAGUCCCAGCGAGGGUCCGUGCUGUGACCGCACCACUUGUAACUUUGUCAAGGAGGAGGCACAGCAGGUGUGCCACAUGGAUACAGAGUGUGAGGACUCCGCCUACUGCAAGGGGAACAACGCCAGCUGCCCCCAACCCAGAGCCAAGGCCGACAACAAGGAGUGCAAUGAGGGGACGAAGGUGUGCAGGAAGGGCAAGUGCAGCGGGUCCAUCUGCCUGGCCAAGAACAUGAAGGAGUGUUUCCUCACCUCGGACCGCGUGCACGACAAGAAGCGGCUGUGUGAGAUCGCCUGUCAGGAGGGCAACGACUCCUCCACCUGCAAGUCCACCUCGGAGCUGAAGGAUAUCUUUGGCGGCAACCCUGUCUUCAUGCGGCCAGGUGCUCCCUGCAACAACUUCCAGGGCUACUGUGAUGUCUUCCAAAAGUGUCGUGCUGUGGACGCCGAGGGGCCGCUGGCACGCCUCAAAAACCUGCUGUUCAACCAAGACACCCUCAACAGUGUGGCCGAGUGGAUAACGCAAUACUGGUACGGUGUGUUGCUGCUGGGAGUGGGCUUCGUGGUGUUCAUGGGUGUGUUCAUCAAGUGCUGCGCCGUCCACACGCCCUCCAGCAACCCUCGCAAGCCCCCGGCACGCUCCAUCACCGAGACUCUGCGCAGGCCGGUCAACACCCUCAGAAGAGUAAAGUCCAUCCUUUCCCCCCACAGCGCCACAGACAAGGCCCCGGCCCCAGCAGUGGUGGUGGUGGUGGGGCGGGACCCAGCCACCACCACCACCACCAUCACCACCACCACAAUCCGCCGCAGCAGCAGCCGGGGCCAUCCAGACACAACCGGGGCGGGGCAGCGGAGAGGGAGCCCGACCACUCCAGGGCCCAGGGCAACAAGCGGAGCAGCCGGGCGUACAGCGAUGACCCGCCACCACCCUACCCCGGCAACCCCAGGCACUCGGUCAGCCCCGCCAACCCCGGGGGAUCAGCCACCCCCUCGGGGCGCCCCGCCGGCCCCACCAGACACGGGUACGGCGAGGGCCGGGGCCACUACAACAGGCCUAAAGGCGGAAGGCGACACGAGAACUCGGCUGUAUAGUGUCAGCUAGUGCCCCCCCCCUGGAGUUGAUUUGUGAUAGUACCGAUGUAAGUGGCCAUCUCAUGGGGCGCUCUCAUCUGCCACUCACCGUACACAGCCAGUGACCCCCCCACCACGCCCCCCCGCACCCCCACGCUGCCAGCCCAGGAGCACCAGCCAGGCCCCCGGCGCUCCACAUGGUCUUCUGUCUUACAACUGGAGAAAUCAAACCCGCUGGGGGCCUCGGGUGCGACCUAAGUGCCACCCCUGGACGCAUGGAGGGUCGCGGGGAGGCCCAGCGACAACACAGCGAUAUCCGGAACCUAACUUUCAAACCGGCCACAGUGAGGAACCUUGUGAAGUGAAGACAAAGAUGAUACAAGCAGACAAUAUUACCGUUUUGCAGACACCGAUACAUUGUUUGAUCCUGACCUUUUGCCGACGGAACGUAGGGAAGGAAGGAGAUUAUAGGCGUGUGUGUCAGGCCUUAGUGAGAAGUUUUUGAUGCUUAAAGAGUCUAAUGUUGGAAGUGUGAGUGAAGGCGCGGAGGCAGGAGUGCAUAGCGUGUGGGCAUUUGUUGUGUGGUGUGUCGGAGGUGUCGAGAGUAACGAGCCAAGGGAGAGGACCACCGUGAGAGUGAAGAAAAGAAACGUAAAAGAAGAGUUAGAAAGAUAAAGAAGAAUGGAAGUGAAGGAGAUGAGGAGUGAAAAUAAGUGAAGUAAAAGUGAAGAUUAGUGAGAAUGAUCAAGAAAAGUGAAAGUGAAGCAGAAGAGGAAGAAGGAGAUGCAAGAAUAAGGUGCUUCUAAAACCCCUGAUUCACUGCUUUUUUAUUUGUAAAUGGAAAACGUGGAGUGAAUGCCGAGUGGGGUGCGGGGAAAGGCGUCCCUCAUGACCUCAUAAGGGACAGCACAUCACCGCCGACAUGAGAGAAAACCGAACAGGAAGACAUAACAAGGGCAGUGGUGGCUUCGGAAAUGCUCGUCAGACCCAUCGCACACACUCCCCUCCCCCCCUCCACUCCCCCCCUUGUAGUAAACACAUUGUACAGCAUCCCAGACCAGCAUUGUGUGGGUGGGCCGUUGGGCGGGUGUGUGUGGGGCCGCUGACAGCCGCCGCGCGUGUGUGACGAAAGAAUCGUAUCCGUAACCGACCUGUACCGAGACUCAUUUCAACCUCACGUUAUUUUCCCCUUCCCCGAAUUUUUAGGUGCCGUUUUUCAGUCAGUCGAGGUUUUUUAUAUCGUUCCCUCAUAGACCGAUGGCCGAACAAACAAACUACCGCAGCAUUUACUACAACAGAUGAUGGCUUUAGCGUAAGGUUGAAUUCAAUGUGUGCGUAAACUCUUGCCGCCGGGGGUCAGUGCGUGCGUCAGCGUGUGUUGUCGUGUUGUUGUGGGUUGACGCAAGUGGUUGUCAGUCAGUCUGUUGGUUGAGCGAGCGGUGAGGAUCUUAACAAACAAACAAACACACACCGCUUUGUUUUUUGUGAACGGUGACGGAUGAACCUUGUGUGGCGUGUGUGUGUAUGUAUGUGUGUGUGUGUGUGUCAGCCAGUCAGUCAGUCAGUUUAUCAGCCACUCAUUCAAGUCAGUCAAGGAUCAUAGUCAACAUUUUAUAUUCCCACACAGAUGAUGAUGAUGAUGAUGGUUGUAUUAAACAGGUUAGGGAAGGAAGGGCUUUUUAACUCUCAGGUUGGAGAAGACACAUUUUAUAUUCAGCCCAUUUUUUAGUCCCCCGCCCCACCGAAGCCACAGCCACAAUCAUCGCCACCCCUGCCCUCAUUUCCCUUGCAACACAAACAUUGACAGACAACCACAGGACAGAUCAGGCAUAGUGGAACAGGAGGAGGAUUACCCAGCCUGCCACUCCUUCCCUCAUUCCCCUUGCAACACAAACACAGACAGCCACAGUGGAACAGGAGGAGGAGGAGGAGCAUUACCCAACCUGCCACUCCUUCCCUCAUUCCCCUUGCAACACACACACAACACAACACAGACAGCCACUGGACAGAUCAGGCAUAGCAGAACAGGAGGAGGAGGAGGAGCAGUACCCAGCCUCUUCCCUGUUCCAAAAAAAAGACAUCUCAGUUUUUUAAUAUCUCACUUUUUUUUACUACCACGAAAGCCCUGUGCUAGU